AUGAGCAAGAUGACGCCCAAAACGAGAAGCUGCUCCAAAUCUACAAAGCGAGGUCGCACACGUGAUGCGGCAGAGGCACCGCAGUCGUCGUGGGGUAGCGCGAAUACUGCUGAGAAAAAGAACGAGCAGCACAGCCAGUCCGUGAGAGCGGGGGUACAACAAAAUCUCGAGAGGCUAUCAGAGAAGACUGUAGGUUUCAUUCGGCGUUACAAGUGGUGGUGCAUUGCCCUGCUAGCCAUUGUGAUGGUUCUGGUGGCGGUGGGUGUUACGGUGCUGCUCUCACCUAGUGAGUACGCCUCCUCGCGCGAGCGACACCCGUGCUUGUGUGCAGUGGCGGCCUCUACCUCGAAUCGGUUGGCGAAAGCGGCGCUCAGCCGUCGCAACGGUGUGAGCGGGGUCCACUGGCGAGCAGAGGAGACGGGGCUAGACUCACUGGCCUUUGUGACCAAGUGCAGCGGCGGCGCUGCCGUUACGCUGACCGAACCCUUCGAGUCGGUGGAUCAGCUGAGGGCGGCGUUGCUAGCGCCUUUCAAGGACCAUCGUAGCCGCUGUGUAGUAUGGGUGACCACCCCCGAGGCGAUAAAGGCAGUGGCGAACGCGCUGAAGGAGCUGGUGGAGAACAAUGCUCUUAGCGGAAGGGCAGUGGUGCCAGUGCACAGCCGCGCCAUGCUCGUGCUCAAGUCGCUGGAAUCACGGGAGCAGUUGAAGUCCAGCUUGCCACACCGCGUGGUACACAUGCUGACCGAGGUUUGA